GAUAAUGACGGGAUUUACAGUGAAAGCAGUUGAAGGUGAGAAUGCUCAAAUAGUUGAUAAAGCGUUUGGCGUUAAAAACUCUCUGUACGAGUUUAAUCCGGGAAAAUGUCUGUUACCUCCAAGUCAUACUCUAUUUGCACAAAAAAUCCUCGAUUCUGAGGUACGAGAGGACGACGUUUGGCUUAUCAGCUUUCCAAGAACGGGUUCGACAUGGUGCCAAGAGAUGAUAUGGUUGAUUUGUAAUAACUAUGAUUACGAAACUUGUCAAAAUACACCCCAACAAAUUCGAGCCCCUGUAAUCGAAUUGUCAUCUGUACUUUUUCAACACAAAGAAUCCUUAGAUAAAUUAUACAAUUGUGUUGAUACAGUGGAUUACGUUGCAAGUAUGCCUUCUCCAAGAUUUGUAAAAAGCCAUCUACCAAUUGGGCUGUUACCCACCCAAUUAGAUAAAGUUAACCCUAAGAAAAUUGUAACCUUGCGGAACCCCAAGGACAUGGUCAUAUCUUAUUACCACUAUUGCAGAAUGUUCCACAACAUAGACAUAACUUUCGAAACAUUCUGUGAUCUAUUUAUUAAAAACGCUUUACCUUUGGGAUCAGUUUGGGACCAUUAUUUAGGGUUCUGGAACAAACGCCACGAGGACAACAUCCUGAUCCUAAAGUACGAGGACAUGAAGAAGGACUUUCCAAAAACGUUGAGACAACUUGCUCAGUUUUUAGAGAAAGACAUAACCGACAAAGAUAUUGAAGAAAUGAGGGAAUUUCUGAGCGUCCAGAAAAUGAGGGACAACAAAGGUUGUAAUUUGGAGUGUGUCGUUGAUUUUUGGAAAGGACCUGAUUAUUACAAGAAAUCAGGAGAGCACUUCAUCAGGAAAGGAAUCGUUGGGGAUUGGAAAAAUGUUAUGUCUCCAGAACUUGCUGCUCGAUUUGAUAAGUGGAUAGAGGAAAACACUACUGGAACAGGAUUAAGUUUCGAAUAAUAUUUUAAUGUAUAUUUUAUUGUUGUGUUAAUUUGUUUGUUGUUAUUUGUUGAAACAUUGUUAUAACAUAAAUUUUAAAUAUGGAAUUUGGCCUUAAUUAAUAAAAUUUCUUUUAAUAUGUAUGUAUUCAAUUUAUCAAUAAAAUUAUAUUAAAUUG